AUGGCUGUGGAAAAAUCGUCCAUGACGGUCGCCGACGAACAGAAUGGUCACCAACAGCAGCAACAGGCGCCACCUGGAGUUCAUCUCAACGGUUGGCGUCUCUAUCUCGUUCAAUUCAGUUUGUAUCUUGGUCUUAUCCUUAGCAUCAUGGACUCGUCCGCUGUGUCUACCGCACUGGUCACCAUAGGCGAUCAUUUUAAUGAUUUUACGCGCAUUCAAUGGGUCGUCCUGGCCUACAUGUUGACCUACACUGGCUUUGCCUUGACAUUCUCACGGAUGAGCGAUGUCAUCGGGAGAAAAUGGGCAACCAUUACGGCUCUUGUUUUCAUUGGCGCCUUCUCCACAGGUUGUGGCUGCGCCCAGACUAUAGAACAAUUGAUUGCCUUUCGUGCUUUGCAGGGCGUCGGCGGUGCCGGUUUGUACUCGAUGGCUUUCAUUGUUCUGCCUGAGGUGACCCCGCCUAACAAGAUUACCGUAAUGAGCGGCUUGAUUGGUGGAGUGACUAUUGUAUCGGCGGUGUUUCUGAUCCUCUUAGGCAAUGGGCUGUUUCAUACCGUCGGCCCAAGCCAUUCUAUUCCGGCAAAAACAUAUGGAUUUGAGGCUAUAAUGGGCCUCGGCUUUGGCAUGAUCUUCUCCACCACGACGGUCCUGAUCAAACUGCACGCCGAGCGCGAAGAUGCCGCAUCGGCGCAAGGCCUCAUGUCUCAAGGUCGUAUCCUCGGCGGCAACCUUGGCCUCGCAAUUGCCACCAUCGUGCUCAACCAACAACUCAUCUCCGACCUGAGCGGCAUUGUGCCUUCUGACGUACUUAACAACCUUCGCCACUCUCUGCUGGCCAUGGCAUCGCUUACAGCGCAGGAGGCAGAAGUCGUGCGACAAGCGUUUGCGGACGCGUUCAAGACACAGCUCGUGAUCAACAUGGGUAUUGCUGGUGCAGCGCUUGUGUUCUCCAUAUGCACUUGGGAGCGCCAUCCGACCACAUUUGCGCAGGUGUUGCAGCGAUUGGCGGACGAAGAGGAUGCCUCCGCUUCUGCUUCUACGGCUAUGGUGCAGGGUGGCGAGAGUGAGGGAGUCGACGAGAGGCCUACUACUGCUACUACUUAG